UGCGUCCUAAAGCGAGGCGUGAAACGCAUAGAAUGUCGUUCUCGGAUACAGAAACAUGGUGUGUGAUGUAGAGGCGUGGAACGCACACACCAUGAAGUGAGGAACGGAUCACAUCUUGCUGGAGGGUCACCCGGUGCAGCAAUGCCUUUCGCUGAUUUUGUAGCGGCUCUCAAGGACAAUCCCUAUUUUGGGGCAGGGUUUGGACUGGUUGGUGUGGGAACAGCACUGGCUUUAGCCCGUAAAGGUGCCCAGUUUGGCAUGAUUGCCUUUCGGAGGCAUUACAUGAUAACCCUGGAGGUGCCAAGCAAAGACAAGAGCUACCAGUGGUUACUGAGCUGGAUCUCUCACUAUGCCAAAAAUACUCAGCACUUGAGUGUGGAGACAUCCUAUCUACAGCAUGAGAGUGGUCGGAUCAGCACCAAGUUCGACUUUGUUCCAAGCCCCGGGAAUCAUUUCAUCUGGUACAAAAGCAAAUGGAUCCGAAUUGAGAGGAACAGGGAGAAACAGAUGAUUGACCUGCAUACUGGAACCCCCUGGGAGUCUGUGACCUUUACUGCCCUGGGAACCAAGCGGGACAUCUUCUUCAACAUCCUGCAGGAAGCUAGGGAACUGGCCUUAAAGCAGCAGGUUGGGAAGACUGUUAUGUACAAUGCUGUGGGUGCAGAAUGGCGCCAGUUUGGAUUCCCUCGACGCAGACGUCCAUUGAGUUCCGUUGUGCUUGAAGAAGGGGUUUCGGAAAAGAUUGUUCAGGAUGUUAAAGGCUUCAUCGACAACCCCAAAUGGUACAGCGACAGAGGUAUUCCAUAUCGAAGAGGUUACCUGCUGUACGGGCCACCAGGCUGCGGGAAGAGCAGCUUUAUAACAGCCCUUGCUGGGGAGUUGGAAUACAGCAUCUGCUUGAUGAGUCUCAGUGACGGCAGCCUCUCGGAUGACCGACUCAACCACCUUCUUAGUGUUGCUCCCCAGCAGAGUAUUAUCCUACUGGAAGAUGUGGAUGCUGCCUUUGUGAGCCGUGACCUGACCAAAGAGAACCCCACUGCAUACCAAGGAAUGGGCCGCUUGACAUUCAGUGGGCUGCUAAAUGCACUGGAUGGAGUGGCAUCUACUGAAGCUCGGAUAGUGUUCAUGACAACAAAUCACAUUGACAGGUUAGACCCAGCACUAAUACGGCCAGGCCGUGUGGACGUGAAACAGUAUGUGGGGUAUUGCACCCACUGGCAGCUUUCCCAGAUGUUCCUUCGCUUCUACCCAGACCAGACAGCAGUAGAAGCCGAGGCAUUUGCAAGUGCAGCCCUGUCCUCCUCUGAUAAAAUCAGCGCUGCCCAGGUGCAGGGGCAUUUCAUGAUGCACAAAACUGACCCUGAUGGGGCCAUUCAGAACGUUCGCUUGGCUACCAUGUGACAUGCCUUGUAGCCAGAGACACUGUACUGUCAUACACGAGUGCAUACUUUGCCUUCAGGGAGCAAAUCAGAAUAUCAGCUUUGCUACCACGUGACAUCCGUCCAAUUGGAGAUAUGGGGGCACAGAACCUGUGUUCAAACCCAGACCCCAGAGGCAUUCCAUGCAACAGGCGACCCCGUGUGCACCCACAAAUCCUGAACUGUGAGUUUUACCUCCGCAGACCGAUAAAUAUUUAUAGAGAAAUCAUUGCCUCAUACUGAGGUCAGGUUUAAAGAGGGGAAAAAAAUCUCCUGCUGUUUAAAUAAAUUCCAGUCUGUUUUAAAAA